ACGGGCUCCGGGCCGGCACAAUCCACUCCAGAGAUUGCUAUCGCCCAGGGACUGGCCCAUGGGCCAAUGGAGGAGAGCUUUGCGGUUGCUAAGGAAACCCCUAGCGGCAAGAUGGCAGCCGCGGGCGGAGAGAGCCCGAGCUCCAGCCCGCCGCUCCAGGACCCACCGAGCCGGCCGCCACGGGACGGUUACGGUGUCUAUGUGUACCCGAAUUCUUUCUUUCGAUAUGAAGGAGAAUGGAAAGGAGGGAAGAAACACGGCCAGGGGAAGCUGCUGUUUAAAGAUGGGAGUUAUUACGAAGGCGAGUUUGUGGACGGGGAGAUCACGGGAAAAGGCUGCCGGCUCUGGGCCUCAUCAGGGAACACCUAUUCUGGACAGUUUGUUUUGGGAGAGCCUCAAGGACACGGCGUCAUGAAGUACAAAGCUGGCGGACGUUAUGAAGGGGAGUUCUCCCACGGCCUGAGAGAAGGACAUGGGCACCUGGUGGACCAGGACGGACAGGCCUACUGGGGGUCGUUCCAUGAGAACAAGAGGCACGGCCGGGGGCACAUGGUCUUCCGGAACGGUGACAAGUACGAAGGCGACUGGGUCCGGGACCAGCGUCAGGGGCACGGAGUGCUGUGCCGAGCCGACAGCUCCACCUACGAGGGGCAGUGGCACAGUGACGUCUUCAGUGGCCUGGGCAACAUGACCCACAGCUCCGGGGCCGUCUACCACGGGAUGUGGAUCAAUGGCCACCCGGUGGCACAAGCCAAGAGGAUCGUGAUUUUGGGUCCGGAGGUGAUGGAUGUGGCUCAGGGGUCUUCCUUCACGUUGAACGUCCAGCUGCAGCAGGACAAUGGGGAAGUGGCCAGGAGUAAGCAUCUCCAGGGUGACGACUGGAUUUUCAGAAAGAUAAACAGGUGUCAGGUUCUUAGGGUUAGGGACGAAAUGGCACAUGUGGCUUCUGGUACCAGGUGUCCUUGUAGCAGGCAUGGUCUUUCUGUUCUUCACUUCUCAGGAGAGACCUCCUCCUCCUCCUGGGGAUGCGAGCCCCACUGCCCUGAGAACUGCCGGCCCGUCAAACAAGGUUGCGCCCGGUUCUCGGAUGUCCGCCUUGGGCCCCCACCGCCCGGGUACAGCCCCGUCCUCUUCCUCGACGGCCUCCGUGAGGAGGCAGACUGCAGGCCCAGAGGCAGCCUGGGCCCCGGGAGGACGAUGCCCGCCGUGCAGGACCCGCCAAGAGGCAGCAGGGGCCGAGGCGCCCGCGCUCGGGGCGCACCUCUCUCUUCACCCGCCAGCCAGGGGGCUGCAGAGAGAGCCACGCUCGUGGGCAGAGGCCUGUGGGCAUAGACCCGAUGACGAAACUUGAGGAAACUGAGAAAUCCAGGAGAAAUGGGAAGAGGGCCGCCACAGCCUGACGCCUUCCCGCAGUGAGAUUGCUCAUCGCUGACGCCAGUGGGCGUGGGCUGGGCCGGGACUCCCGGAGGCUGGCACCGUGUCGGCCGGCUGACAAGCCUUUGAUCCCGCUCACGCGGCAGAGCCAGGACGCGCUGUUUCCCGGGGAAGGUGCCUCCCUUGCGUGUGGCUCUGAGUCAUGGUGUGUGAAUUAACUAUGAGGCCCGCUCUGCACAGUAACUAGAGAAGCAGAGACGUGGGAAAAACGGCCAAGAUCUGCUAAACGUGGAGACGCCGCGGCCACCCAGUGUUUCAGUGGCAGGAACGCAUGUGCGGACC